AUGCUGAUAAAAGUCGAUGCUGCUGCUAUCUGUUUGAAUAUGGAAGGAUGGAUAUUUAUGGUACCACUUGGGUAUCUUGUUGCUACCAGUGCAAGGGUCUCGAAUGCAUUGGGAUCUGGAAAUGCAGCAUCUGCAAAAUUCUCAGUUUGGGUUACAGUCUCAAUUGCUCUAGUUACACAGAGUGCUUUUGCUAUCUUGCUUUUCAUAACAAGAAAUGACUUCCCAAAACUCUUUACAAAUGACAAGAUUGUUAUAAAAGAAGUUAGUGCAUUAGCCGUGUAUUUAUGCAUCUCAAUCUUACCAUGUGCCAUCCUGCCCGUUUUAUCAGGUAUGGCCAUUGGAGCUGGUUGGCAAGCUGCUGUAGCCUAUGUAAAUUCCAUAACCUACUAUCUCAUCGGGUUGCCCAUCGGUGUGUUUAUGGGAUUCAAAUUAGAUAGGGGUCUAGAGGGACUUUGGGUUGGAAUACAAAUUGGGAUGGGUCUCCAGACUAUCGUUCUUUUAGUUAUGUUUUGGCGUGCAGACUGGGACAAAGAGGUGCAACUAACCAAAGAUAGAGUUUCAGAGGAUGUGGGAAAUAGCGAGGAACAAAAGUUGAUUAACUGA